AGCAUUUGUUUGUACUCCUUUUCAGUGUAGUUUGUAAAACAAGAUUAUAGGUGAGACCCAACAAUGAACAUAACAAAAAUCCAUAAUGUAUGCUUUACAGUGUGGGCAGUGAAUAUUGAGGGGUACAGACCGAUAUGAUACUGCUGUAUGAGGAGCAUGAAGUAAAUGAAGGUUUUGUAUGAGUGGUACCAGUACAAAGACUUGACCCCUUAGCUCUUGCCCUGCAGACUAUUUUUCACCUUUGAGGAAAUCAGACAAAGCACUUGACUAACAAUAGCUCUGAAGGUGUCUCAAAAACAGUGGUUUGUUUGUAUUGGAUUUUUUUCACUUGCAAUGAUAAUAUGCCCCACGUUUUCUUUUUUCAAUGUCACACAUUCGGUAUCAUUAUUAUCUUUAAUAAAGCCAUUACUGCAAGCACAUCUAAAUGACAGCAAAAUCUCUAAACAAUAGUAGGGUCCCCACUCAUUGCCGGAAAAAAUUGCAGUCUUCCUUUGAGGUUUAUUAUUGUUUAGCUGUCACUAAGGCUUGAGGAUGAUGGUGGGAGAAUCAUUUUUCUGCAUGGUUUCCUGCAAUGAGAGAUCGAGCCUGGUUCCCCCGAGAUCCUGUCAGAUGUGGGGACGGUGCUGAGCAUGUGGGAGGAUACCUCUGUGCGCAUAGACGAGCCAGCCUGGCCAAGACGCGAGAGGAGGAGCAAGCGAGCAAGCGCGCACACUGACACUCACGGCACGGGCGCCUCUGCCUCUACUGGCUCCGGGAUUUCCAUGUGUUAUUGCCUCGCCACUGGUUGAGAACGGGAUGUCUGUGUCGGGGAAGAAGGAGUUUGACGUGAAGCAGAUCCUCCGGCUGCGCUGGCGCUGGUUCAGUCACUCCUCGCAAAGUUCCGCGGGGAACGGCGGCUUCCUCCAGCCGGACGGCGGCCACGACCACCGGGGGACACCUGUGCAGGGCAGGCUCAAGAGUCAUGCCCGGGACAGAGGGGCGCUCCGAAAGGCCAACAGCCCGGCGCACAGCAUCCUGGCCCCGACCCCCGGGCCCACGCCUGUCUACGUGAGACCCAGCCAUCAAUCAUGGAACCAACAACACAACAUCAUACAGCACCUGCACAGCGGAGACGAGCUCCCCAAGUCCAGCUCGCCGACCAGCAUCAGGAAGGAGGACGCUACCAGCGGCCAGGAGAAUGUGAAGAACAUCCCAGCAGACCCUCUGGAGGACGCAGCAAAAGAAAGGUUGACUCUGAGCACCUAUUCCAGAAUGAGCACGCACAGCUCCGACGAGUUUUUCCAAGCCACAAAUCACGCGGAGCAGACCUUCCGCAAAAUGGAGACAUACCUGCAGCACAAGCAGCUGUGUGAUGUCCUGCUGAUCGCCGGGGACCACAAGAUCCCUGCCCACAGACUCGUUCUAAGUGCCGUCUCUGACUAUUUUGCGGCCAUGUUCACCAAUGAUGUAAGGGAGGCGAAACAAGAGGAGAUCAAAAUGGAGGGCGUUGAUCCAGAGGCUCUGCGAUCGCUGGUUCAUUUUGCAUACACUGGGGUCCUGGAGCUGAAGGAGGAGACCAUUGAGAGCCUACUGGCUGCUGCGUGCCUUCUGCAGCUCUCGCAAGUGAUUGAAGUUUGCUGUAACUUCCUGAUGAAACAGCUCCACCCAUCCAACUGCCUGGGAAUCCGCUCGUUUGCUGAUGCGCAGGGCUGCAUGGACUUGCUGAACGUCGCCCAUAAUUACACAAUGGAAAACUUUCUCGAAGUGAUCCAGAACCAGGAAUUCCUGCUACUUCCUACCAUGGAAAUAGUGAAGCUCCUGUCCAGUGAUGACAUCAACGUUCCAGAUGAGGAGACGAUAUUCCAGGCUCUGAUGAUGUGGGUGCGCCACGACGUACAGCAUCGUCAGCAAGACCUGGGCGUGCUUUUGGCUUACAUUCGUCUACCUCUUCUGCCACCUCAGCUCCUGGCAGACUUGGAAAAUAAUAAAAUGUUUUCGGAAGACCUGGAGUGCCAAAAGCUUCUCAUGGAGGCAAUGAAGUACCAUCUAUUGCCCGAGCGGCGGCCAAUGUUACAGAGCCCCAGAACCAAACCGCGCAAGUCCACUGUUGGGGCUCUGUAUGCAGUGGGAGGAAUGGACUCCACAAAAGGCUCAACUACAAUAGAGAAGUAUGACCUACGCACAAACACGUGGAUUCAGGUUGGCAUCAUGAACGGGAGACGACUGCAGUUUGGCGUCGCCGUGAUUGACAACAAGCUCUAUGUGGUUGGGGGAAGGGACGGCCUCAAGACCUCCAAUAUGGUGGAGUGCUAUAACCCAUUCAGCAAAGUCUGGUCCACCAUGCCUCCAAUGUCUACCCAUCGGCACGGUUUGGGCAUUGCAGUGCUGGAAGGCCCUAUGUAUGCUGUGGGGGGACAUGAUGGAUGGAGCUAUCUGAACACAGUGGAGAGAUGGGACCCCCAGGCGAGGCAGUGGAAUUAUGUGGCCAGCAUGUCCACUCCGCGCAGCACAGUGGGCGUCACAGCCCUCAAUGGGAAGUUGUUUGCAGUAGGUGGUCGGGAUGGGAGCUCAUGCCUUCGGUCAAUGGAAUGUUUUGAUCCCCAUACCAACAAGUGGAGUAUGUGUGCACCCAUGUCCAAGAGGAGAGGCGGUGUAGGUGUGGCCACUUACAACGGUUUCCUGUAUGCAGUCGGAGGGCAUGACGCACCAGCUUCAAAUCAUUGCUCUCGUCUUUCUGACUGCGUCGAAAGAUACGAUCCAAAAACAGACACAUGGACUACCGUGGCAUCUCUCAGUGUUUCCCGGGAUGGUGUCGGUGUCUGUCUUCUAGGAGACAGACUGUAUGCAGUCGGGGGAUAUGAUGGACAGUCCUACUUAAAUACUGUGGAAUCCUAUGAUGCUCAAAACAAUGAAUGGACAGAGGAGGUCCCACUGAAGAUCGGAAGGGCUGGAGCUUGUGUUGUGGUUGUGAAACUGCCUUGAGGACUCUGACUUUCCUCAUGGGAGACAGGAACUAUGGGGAGGAGGACACCGCCAUGGACUCUGCUUUCAAAGACAGACACAUGUAUGCUUCUCAUCAGGCAGCGUGUUGACAAGGAUACAAGAGUUAUCAAAUCAAAUCAAUCCCUUGAUUUUUAACACUGAUUACAACACAAUGCGUCCACUUUGUACAAUGAGGAUCCAAAAGCCUUGUGUCAGACAGCAGUGACUGAUUUCAUUGAAGGAUAACACAGUCACUUACCAAAAGGUGAAGAGGGAGCAGCUAAAAUGUAAAAGAGAGCUACAAAAUCUUUCAUCUCUAGGAAAUCACUUCAUGAUUACCUCAUUGUACAUCUUCAAAUGUUUCAUUAUUCCUGCAUUUUAGGUGCACACUAUAAAUCUGUAUUUUGAGAUAAAAUAAGUACUACUAUGUUUACUUCAUUUCUAGAUGUUUUGUGAACAAUGUAUUUUAGCCUUUUUAAGAAACACUGUGAAUAUUUCCAAUAUUGUGAGCUUGCAACAAAACAACAGCUAGGUUACGUAAAGCACUUGCAAGUAACCAUGACACACAGUUGCCAUCCUGACGCAGUCUUUGUCUAAAACCCAGAUUUAGCACGCAUCUACUGAAUUUAUUAUUAUUAUUACUAUUAUUUUUUUAAAGUAGCUGACAAACACCAAAGUCAUUAGCACGCUUUAGGGGUCUUGUCUUGAUGUCGAUGAAAUUUACACAAUAGUGAAUAUGCAACUAUAUCAUAUUGAUAUUUCGCUUUACUGUAAGUAAGAUUUUUGAAAGUUUGCCAAUGACUGCAACCAUGUGCUUCAUUUCCAGCCGGUGUUUUGACAUUUCCAACAGGUUUCUUUUUAGAGCAUGCUGCUUUGAGACAGUUUUUAUGCUUCUCUGCAAUACUUUGAAAAUUGCUUUCUAUUUUCAUAUGACUCUAAGGCUGAUAUGAAGCGAUACUUUUUGCUGGUGAACUCUUUGACCCCUCAUCCACCGGCUCUACACUAAAGUUAAGAGGAAAACUGGCUUCCGUUACUGCGCGUCUGUUGAAAGGCACAAACGUGCAUCAAGAAAACAAGGUUCCACAGUGAUAUUGUGAGGAUUAGCUGACCCCACUGCCAGCAUCUUAUAAUGACAGAUGAAUGUUUGAGCUAAAUACCCAAUAUUUGCAAAGACACUUUAUGUCUGUUUGCUAUGACGAAGAACUCUUCUGCACUUGGAGGGGCCUUAUUGAUGGCUCUGAAAUAGAGAUCUGUCCAGCCUCGUAUUGUGGCAAGGGAGUCUUUCAUUCUGGGUUUUGAAGAUGCUCAAAUUAUUGGGUGUUAUGUCCAGUUAUUCUGCAAUUUAAUGGUAGGGCUUUUACAUAAUGGUUAUUAAGAUCUGAAGAAGUAUUGCAGCCAUACAGAGAACAUUCUUAAGAAGAUGAAGUAUUUAUAAUUGCAAAAGAUGUGAUGCCUUUAGGAAAGUUUUCAAUUGUUUUUCAUUAUUUUAUAUAGCAUGUGGGCUUACAAAUAAACAUGUCCAUUCUCUUUUCU